AUGUUAGCAGAGAGAUUUCGGAAACAACACCCACCUGAGUUUGAGGGAGGCAUAGACCCAGUAGUGGCUGAAGAGUGGAUGAGUCGCAUAGAAAGCAUUUUGCAGAUGCUAAGGGUCAAUGGGAAUGACCGAGUGAAGUGUGCAUCAUACAUGCUGAGGAAAGAUGCUUUUCUAGCAGCGAAGGUCGAUGAAUUUACUGGAUUGGUCCAAGGGAGCCUUACUGUGACUGAGUAUGCACAAAAAUUUAAUAGAUUGGCGAAAUUCGCUCCACAUCUAGUACCUACUGAUAGAGUGAGAGCACAUCGAUUUGUGGAAGGCCUGAAACCAAUGGUUGCUCGAGAUGUGGAAAUUGUGUCAAGGGGUCAAUUCAGUUAUGCUCAAGUUAUCGAAAUGGCUCUUACGGCUGAGCGGAGUGAAAACAAAAUUUGGAAGGAAAAUGCUGCCAGGAGAGAAUCUAAGAAAGGUGGAGCCAAUUCAAAUGACCACAAGAAACGGGGACAAGACCAGUCCGGGCAGUCAAGUCAACAGAAGAGGUACAAAACUGAUAACGACCAACGAUUUAAUGGCAGCAGUGGGCGAAACAUUCCAGAAUGCCCUAAAUGUACCAAACGUCAUCUCAGCGAGUGUCGCGCAAAAGCAUGCUACAAAUGUGGAAAGGAAGGACAUAUCAAACGCAAUUGCCCACUGUGGGGACAGAUUGGGAACAAAGCAGAACCCAAGAAAGACAACAAGUAUGUCCCAGCCAGAGUUUUUGCCAUCACUCAAGCAGAAGCUGAGGCCAAACCUUCGGUUGUAUCAGGUUAG